AUUUUCAGUAAUAGUAAACACCCACCAGAAAUAGUCUUGAGUCCUUCUGGAUUACUGAGAACUUAUUAAGUAUUGAAUUGCAGGCAUUGAUUGAACACAGCCUUUUUUUUUCAAGGACUGGAUUACAUCUGUCCAUACUGAUGUACACCAUGUCAGUCUCCCUGUGGAAAAAUUCUAUCUCUGUGCAGUUGAUUGAGCUUAAUGUCACACUGAGCAUUCAGGCACUAAUUACUCAACUGUAACAAUAAUUCUCUGCUAAAAAAGUCAUUGAGAGAAGGAAUUAUGGUGUCCAGGGAAUUUACAGAGGGAGGCAGUAUGGAAUCUCAGGAAGGGUUUACUAUGGAUGGUACUGUUGAUUUGAAGGGCAGGCCUGUUCUUAGGUCCAAGACUGGAAAAUGGAAAGCUUGCUCAUUUCUAGUUGGGUAUGAAAUAUUUGAAAGGAUGGCCUUCUAUGGAAUUGCCUCCAAUUUAGUGAAUUACUUAACCAGUAAGUUACAUGAGGGCACAGUAACUUCUUCAAGGAAUGUAAACAAUUGGACUGGUGCCAUUUGGAUUACUCCUAUAUUUGGUGCAUACAUUGCAGAUACCCACUGGGGACGCUACUGGACUUUCACAAUAUUCUCCUUCAUUUAUAUACUGGGCAUGGCUAUUUUGACAUUGGCUGUCUCAGUGCCAUCUCUGAAACCACCAACAUGUGCAAAAGAUGUGAGUGUGUGUCCAAAAGCCUCUACAUUUCAGGUUGGAAUCUUUUAUUUUGGAUUGUAUGUCCUUGCUGUGGGCACAGGUGGCACAAAGCCCAAUAUUUCCACCAUUGGUGCAGAUCAAUUUGAUGAGUUUGAGCCCAAAGAGAGGGUUCAAAAGGUUUCCUUCUUCAAUUGGUGGAUGUUCAGUGUGUUUUUGGGAUCACUGUUUGCACAAACUUUUCUGAUAUACAUCCAGGAAGAUAUUGGAUUCCCUGUGGGAUAUGGAGUUCCUACUCUUGGCUUGAUUAUAUCAGUGGUUAUAUUCUUAGUGGGUACUCCAGUUUACAGACAUAAACUUCAGAAAGGGAAUCCUUUUGGUCGAAUUGCUCAGGUAAUAGUUGCAGCAGUUCGUAAAUGGAGAGUGAAGGUACCUGCUAAUGCAGAAGAGCUUUAUGAACUGGAGCCCAAAGCUUAUCUUGCCAAAGGAAGAUUCCCCAUUUCUAACACUCCAAUCUUGAGAUUCCUGGAUAAAGCAGCAACAAAGGACAGUACUAUAUCAAGUCCAUGGAGGCUAUGCACUGUGACUCAAGUAGAAGAAGCCAAGCUAAUGAUAAAACUACUCCCAAUAUGGGUUGCCAUGUUCAUACCAAGCACAUUAGUAGCCCAAGUAAACACACUCUUCAUCAAGCAAGGAAACACACUCAAGAGAAACAUGGGCCCUCACUUUGAAAUCCCCUCUGGCUCUCUCACAGCAUUUGUCACCAUGUCAAUGCUGGUGUCCAUUGUAAUCUAUGAAAGAAUCCUUGUCAAGCUCUUCAGAAAAUUUACAGGAAAUCCCAGAGGCAUAACUAUCUUACAAAGGAUGGGGAUUGGUCUAGUUAUGGAUGUAAUACUUAUGGCAGUUGCAGCAAUAACAGAGCAACAAAGGAUCAAAAUUGUGAAAGAACAUGGACUUGAAGGCCACCCAAAAGCAGUAGCACCCCUCACAGUCUUCAUUUUGCUUCCUCAGUUUAUACUCAUGGGUAUAAGAGAUGCAUUCCUUGAAGUGGGUAAGUUAGAAUUUUUCUAUGAUCAGUCACCUGAGAGCAUGCAAAGCAUAGGAACUUCACUGUUUGCCAGUACAUUAGGCGUUGGGAAUUUUAUCAGCGCUUCUCUUCUGACUACAGUGGCUGAUAUAACUGGAAAAAAGGGCCACACAAGUUGGAUUCUAGACAAUCUGAAUGCAUCCCGGAUUUACUAUUAUUAUGCAUUGUUGGCUGUUCUUAGUUUCUUGAAUCUGAUUUUCUUUCUGGUAGUUUCAUGGCUGUAUGUUUAUAAGAGAGAAACAAGUGAAGCUUUUGGCAGCAGCCAUGGGAGGAAUGCUAUUCAACGUGAAAACCAGCAACAGAGUUGUACAGACGUAGACAAUGUCAAUGUUACGUCCAUGGAGCUCGUUCCCAAAUGAGAGUUGUAUUGAACUCUAAUAAUUAUGUUGUGAUUAAUUACUCUCAUAUUGUUUCAUAAGUGUUGUAAAGCAUUCAAGGGGUUGGGGUUGAGGUUGGUUGUCUACAAGGUUCAGUUUUCGUCGUGGAGAUUUAUGUUUAAAUCUUAGAGGUGUAUCGGAUGUGGAAUUCUAAGUUGUGACUCUUGGUAUUCUAUUGUUGGUUUUCAGUGCGGAGGUGGUUUCUAGUGUAUUUGUUUGAAAGGAGCUAAACUUAGUAUCAUGGUUGUGCUUGCAAGAGCUUGUAUUGGUCUCACGUUGAUGUUUGUAUGAGUAGAAUGUUUGAAAAUGAUUAAUGAUAUUUACAAAAUUAUGUAA